ACAGAGGAAAACAAAUCAAUUUCCUUGUUCCUGUGGAGUGAGGUCUUUGGAUGUCAGAUGUUGAAUAUUAGAUGUGCGGGACUAGAAAAAAUGGAAAUUAAGAAAAAUCAAUAAGUUUAAUCAUAAGUAUAAUCAGUCAGGGAUAGUGCCUAGCGCUAUUUGAGGACUGCGGUUAUGCCUCAUCGGAAUAUCUGAUCAAUAAAAGGUUAUUCGUCUUUUUCAACUUAUCACUAACAAUUGUCGAAAUCAACAAUUACAUUUCACGCGUAUACAUAACAUUGUUAAUUUUGUAUUUCUAUUACAAAUUACGAUGAAAGAAAUAGAAAAUACCGAAAAAUCUGGUAAGUUUUGAUUCUAAAUUAAAAUUUAAUAAAUAAUGGGUUUAAUAAAGUGAACUCUAGACUAGAGUACUGUAUUUACUGUAGGGUUUCAGUUUUAUAAAUUAUUAGAAUCGUUUUUUAAGUACUUAUUUGAUAAUCUCUAUAAUAUUUUGGCCAAAUCCAAAAUAUGUCUUUUAAUAUUUUACAUCGUUGAUGCCUACAUUUUAAUUACUAUAGCUCAAGAGGAAAGUUCCAAUGACAAUGAAGUACCUAAAAAAUCUUAUAAAAUUAAUGUAAAAGGUAAAAGACGAAAAAAAUGUUUACGUGACAAAGCAGCUCCAAGACCUCCUCUAUCUGGUAUGUAAUGGAAAAUUUAGGUUUUAAAUUAAAUGAAAAUAGGUUUUUUAUAUUUUUAUAUUUACAGGGUAUAUACGAUUUUUAAAUGAUAGACGAGAUCAAUUUCGUUCUGAAAAUCCCAAUAUGUCAUUUGCAGAAGUUACUAAAGUAUUAGCAACUGAAUGGAAUCAGUUACCUGCAGAUAAAAAACAAGUAAUUUUUGAUAAAUAAUUAACACAUUGAAACAUAGAUAAUACAUAUAUAUAUAUAUAUAUAUAUAUUUAUAUGUAUAAUAAUUAUUAUUUAAUACCUAUCCAUUAGAAUUAGUUCUAAUAUUAAAAGUAUCCUAUUUUAUUGUUUUUAAUUAUUUCAGCAAUAUCUUUCAGCAGCUGAACAAGAACGAGAAAAAUAUGUAAAAGAAUUAGAAGCAUAUAAGAAAACUGAUGCUCACAGAAAUUUUGUUCAACGCAAAUUAAAAAAAAAGAAAGUCCAUACUGCUGAAAAAGAAGUUAGUACAUAACUAUUUGUUUUUUUUUUUUUUUUUAAUCACUUGAUUUUAACCUGUUGGUAAUUUUACAUAUUUUUACACCAUUCAAAAAGAGUGAGGUUAACUAUAACAUCUUUAUAGAUGGGCAAAACUUUUGAUAGUUUUUUUUUUUUUUUUACGAUGUUUGCUGUUUUAACUUAAACAUUUUUUUAUAACAAAAAAAAAACAACCCACACCUGGUUUUAUACACCUGGCCACCUGCGGGGGGGGAAUUAAAUUUAUUACUAUUCUAUAGUCAUAAACAUUAUAUCCAUAUUAUAUUAGUAUUAUACAAAGUAUAUAAAUUUAAAGUGUUUACUUAUUUUAGACAUAAGGAGUAGAGGUAAAAAUUGAAAAUAUUGUUAGUGUAUAGCUUUAACAAUUCCAUAGUUAUUUUUAAAAAACACAAUUAAAAUUUAUUUUAAAUUACUUGAGAAAAUUGCUGGUUCAUGAAAAAUUGAUCUCUUUAUAUUUAUAAAAUAAAAGUUAUAGUAUGCACAACUACUUUAACUAUUUAUCUGUUGCUUACAAUUUCUAAUUAGAUUGUACUAUUUUAAUUUGAUUUUCGUUGAAAGGAUGUUACACAUAUCUUUGUUGUUUCCGACUUCUAAAUAUACAACAAUAGCAAAUUAUUAUUAAUAUGGAUAACAUUGUGCUGUUAGUUUUAAUAUUAUUUAUUUCUUUUUCAAAUAAACGACAGUUGGUCCUAUUAUAAUGAAAUAAUGUAUUGAUAAGUACAAAGUAAAGUUAUGAGUACCUAAACUACACUAAAAAAAAAGAAGAAUAAAAAGAUACAACAAAUUAUGAUAUUGGUUUAGAACAUAAAUUCAAAUAAAAUUAAGUUAAAUGGCUGUUAAUAAUAACAUAUAUAUUUAUUACCCACAGUCAUCGGGAGAUUGGCAGGGCAAUUCGUAAUAUAGUUCUUAUUUGAGGAUAUUUGGUAAAAGGAUUUAGGGUCUGUGGUAUUGAUGGAAUUAAUUCUAAAUUAGAUUAGAAAGAAAAGUUCAAGGCAAUCAGUAAAACCUAAUAUUAAGUUGUAUAAAGAUUUGGAGUGCAACAAUAAACGCCUGUCAUAAGAGUAGAGUAAUUGGUUUAAAAAAUUAAUAUUGUUGUAUGGCUCAUGAAUAGGUCUAUGAAUAUUGAACUGAAUGGUAAAAAUUAUUUUGUAUUGACUAUGUUUCCAUUUUGUUUAAUUGUAUUAUUGAUCCAAAUUAUAGGGCAAUAUUCGAGAUUAGAACGGAGAGAGAGCAGUAAAAUGUUUUUGGGGCGGUUGGGUUAUUAAAUGAUCUACAUGUUUUUUUUAUGAAUCUUAAAUUAUGCAUUGCUUUAUUUUUAAUCAUUUCAGUGUGGUGGGAGAAAUUAAGUUUAGAAUUGAAUAACACUCCAAGAUCAUUGGAAUUGUGUAAUAAUUAGAGAGUUCUUCCUGAUAAAGAAUAAUCAAAUAGGAUUGGGUUCUUUUUUUGGGCGUAGCACAUGAAUUUACACUCGAUAUUUAAAACAAGGCAGUUAUUUUCAGACCAUUCCUCUAGAUUAUUGAUAAUCUAUAAAUUAGUGCGUCCCGAUACGUUUUUAUGAUAUUCAAAAGUUUUGCGUCAUCAGCGAAUAGAAACAGUUAAGAAUACUUGAUGAUAUUUGGAAGAUCGUUAUAAAUGUUAAAAAACAAAGUAAACAGAUGGUCACACAGGGGACACCUGAGCUUAAUUAAAUUGGGGAAGGUUUAAAAAUUGUAAUAUAUUUAAAAAUUUUGUGAAGGUUUCUCUAUUCUGAAAAAGUAUAAUUAUAAUUUUUUUUACAUAACAAUUGUCUACUAUUUUGCCACUUAAAACAAUUAUUUAGAUAAUCAUCGAAAACAAUGUAUAAGUAUUAUAAAAAAAAAAAUAUUCAUAUAGUUAUUUUUCAUUCACUUAUGGAUAAUUAUAAACUAGUUAGUUCUCUCCUUGUCCAUAUUAGGCCCGAACCAAAAAUAUAAUCUAAAAAUGCAAAGCAACAGGCAAGUAAAAGCAUAAGCAAAUAAUAAUAAUAAUAGUAAUUAAUACCAUAGUACUAAUAUUAUAAAUGCGAAAGUAACACUGACUGUUAACUUUUCAUGUCUAACAUAGUGAACAGAUUUAAAUCAACAAAAUUAAAUUAUUUUUGUUGAUUUAUGUGUUAUCUUUGUAAUAUAGAUGAAAUAAAACAAAAGUUAUAGCAAAAAAAUAAAUAAUAAAGUAGUCCAUGUUAGGGUAAUAAUAGGGUAAUAAGGGUAAUAAUAGCAUAGUGAUAAUUUUUUUUUUUAUUUCUUUUGGCAUGGGCAAAACUGCGGGGGAUAGCUAGUAUUAUAUAAACAAAUAAAUAAUUUAAUAUACAUGAUUUUAGUAGUACAUUCAAGAUUCUGAACAAGAUUUUGAGAAAUGUAUUUUAUUAAUAAGUAUAAGAAUAAAUACAUUUAGGUUGAUUUAUUAUCUUAUACUAUUACCUGAAGAGUAUUAAAACAGCAGUUUGUAAUCUGAUCACAAAAACAUUAACAUUAAAAAGUUCUUCAAAUCAUCCCAUUACUUUACCCCUCAUUUAUGCUACUGGUAAUAUUACAUAUAAUAAAGUUGUAUAAUCUCAUUAAAAAAAAUAAAACUUAAUUAUUGAUAGUUACUGUUCUUUAGUUUAUAUUAUAGAUAAUACUAUGAAAUGUCUGAUCUUUUAUUUUUUUAUUUUUUUUUUCUUAUCAAAUUAUUUAUUUUUAUUUGAAUAAUGAGAAUAAAUAAAUACAUAAAAAAAUGUGAAAAAUAAAAUAUAUUAUGCCAAGUAUAUUAAAUGUUUGAAAAUAAUUACCUACUAGCUCAUUAUCCAGUUGAAAUAGGUUAACUGCCAAGUUUUGUGAUCUAUAUUUACAACAAGGGCACCCAAAUUUUAUUCAACCCACAUAAUUAAAUGAUUUCCUAUUCUCACUUUUAAAGCAUACCGAAUCAAACAACUGAUUAUAAAUUUACAUAAAUUAAUCUGAUUUAAAUUGAUUACAUUUUUAUAAUUAUUCAAAAUUUGGUGCCAAAACUUGAUUCUUAUGCAGCUCUUUGUCUGUUGAAGUGUAUACUUGUGAUACAUACUAUUGAAUUUUAAACUUGAACUGUCAUUGUUUAAACUACAAUUAUUGUAAUAUUGAGUUAGUUUUUGAAACUUUCAAAACAUUAUUUUUCUUUUGAAAUUAUUUAAUAUUAACAGUUUUUAUUCUAAAAAUUGUGCUUCUAUUCCAAUAGUUUCUUAUUUAAAUAAUUAUUUUUUUAUUUUAAUGUGGAUAUUAGUUAACAAUAUUACAAUAAUUUUAUCUGAAAGAGGCAAAGAAUUGGCCCUAGUGAAUUUAUACAAAUAUAAACCAAUUAAAGAACAAAAAAAAAGAUAAUCUUUUAAGAUUGAAGUGUAUCAAUAAUAAAUGUUCAACAAUAAUAUUCUCAGGUUUAGAUAAACUGAAAAUGGCAACAUCAUAGUUUUUUAUGCUCAAUCAUCUAGGUUUUCGUUUUUGUUUCUAUAUCCUUUGUAUCUUGACCAAUUUGCUCAAUUAUAUCAAAAAAAAAACGUAUUUCAUGCUCAAGCCUAAUGUAGCCCUAAAAUGUAUAUCUGGAUAAGUGAAUGAGAAAUGGUGUAUAAAUUAAUACAUUUUAAUUAUGAACAUGCGACUGAUAUGUUCACAGUUUCUUAACAAAAUAUAAUUUUGUAAUCAUUUAUAAAUUUAAAAAUGUAUUAUUAUUGUCCCUUUUAUUUAUUUAUAAUUUAUUAACGACUACUUGGGCAAUUUGUAAAGAUGUAAAAACAAAACAUUUUGAUUGAAAAUUCAUAGAUUUGAAGAAUAAAAUGUUUUAGUGUAGGUAGUUAUAAAUGAUAUCUCCAGAUAGACUUUUAGAAGUAGUCUUUGUGACAGUAAACAGUGUACCUUCAUUCUUUGCUGUUUUUAACUAUGGUUUUUGUAUGAUAUAAAGUGCUCUGUAGAUCAAUAGGCCAGUAUAUUUAUUUUUUAACAACUAACAGAAUUAAUACUGACUGUUGGUAUAGGCAGUAGUGGCAGUACAAUUAUGAAGCACAUCAACAAUAUGCAUAAAUGUGAAAACAAAGUAUGUUUGAAACAUUUUGUACACCACAUAUAAUAUGCGUGAUUAUGAAAAGGGCAUAAUGAAAUAGUUUUUUUUUUUUAUUAGCGUUUACUUGAUUCAAAAUCAUAUUUUAUUAGCAAUGAUUUAUCAUUGUAUAUAGAUAUUAUAAAUUAAAUAACUAUGUAUCCAAUUCCUAUCCCUAUCCCACCUCAGUAGUGAUACAUAAUCAUCCAUUAACAGUUUCAGUCCUUUUUUUUUUAUUGUUUAUAAUUAUUUUUGUAUAUUUAUUAUUGUAUUGUUUUUUUGUUUUAGAAUCCUGAAUUAGAAAAAGAAAAACCACCCAGUGAUGACGGUAAAACAGUAUUUGACAUACCAAUAUUCUCUGAAGAAUUCCUUAAUUUUAAUAAAGGUUAGUAUAUUUGUUAUACUAUUUAGUUUUGUUUAUUUCAAAAUUUUUUUUUUUUUAGCUAGAGAAAGUGAACUAAGGUAUUUACGUAAAACAGUAACUGACCAGGAACAAGAAGUUUCUAUUUUAGAUAAACAUAUAGAAAAUUUGAAUGUGGGUAUUAACAAGCUUACAGAUAACACAGAAAUAGCAAAAUAUACAUAUGAAAUUGAUAAAGAACAUUUAAAUUAUUUACGAUCUAAAUUUCUCGAAGCAUUAGCUCACACCUCGUUACCAGGUAAUUGACGUUUAACAGUUGUAAACCCGAAUACAUAUUUAUUAUAACGAUAAUUUUAAAUAAGCACAAUCUUUAGAUCAUCUAAGAAGGACAAAUUACAUCUAAUUAUAUUUUAGUUCGCCUUGUCAAUUGUGCAAAAUUAAUAGUAAAUGGGAGAUGUCAAAGGAUCGGCUGUCUAAAGUUUAAACUGCUCGUAGUAUAACACUUCCACAUUAUUGACUAUAAAUAUAAUAAUAAAGCUAUUAGUUUUAUAAAGUUGGAUUUUUUUUUUUUUUCGGAUAAUAGGUAUGGUUUAUACAAAUCAUCUAAUUUUAUUCUAUAAUUAAACGCUUUGUUCAAGUGUUUUUUUUUUUUUUUUUGUUAAAAAUAUAAUCCUUAUUUAAUUUUUUUAGUUACUGGGGCAGGAUAAAUAUAUUUUUGAUAAACUAAAAUAUUAUUUAGUAUAUUCAUCAAUAAUAUAUUUUCUAAAAUGUAUUUAUUUUUAUUCAAAAGUUAAAAGAGUAUAGACACUUUCUGUUUUGAUUUAAACAUCAAUAAUGCACAUAACCUUUUUAUAAAUUAUACUAACAGAGUCAAUAUUAUAUUCAUGCUGCCACUCAUACUUAACAUUUUAUAAAUGUAGGUUAAAAGCCUUAUCAAACAGACUGUGUUCUUAACACUAUCACUAUCAUUAUCACCGAUGCUACACACAUCAUAGAAACCAAAGCAUAGAGUUGUAUUAGUUGAAGAAUAGUAGUAUUGUUCAUACGUUUGCAAGGUGUGGUGUGGCAAUGUUUAGAACUUUUACAUGCAUUAAUCAAAAGUCAUCAAAAGAGGAAAUGGAUCCAUAUAAAUUAAAUAAAUAAAAAGAAAGACAGUUAUGGUGAAUACCACCAUUUAUGUGUGAACUGAAGUCACAUAAAGACCGUUUUUAUUUAUAAUUUUGGAUAUCCCAGGACAGUAUCUUCAUUGGUUAUUACUAUUUAUUUUAAUAUAUACUUUUUUCUUCACCGUUAUUUGAACUCCAAAAAUAACGCACUAUCAUGUGUGAUUUUGUAAUUUUGUUUAACGUCACGUUCAGUCGAUAUGAUUUGUAAUUGAAUACAACUAGACAAUUUAUAAUACAAUCUUAAUACUGCUUUCAUGCACAUGAAUGACAUGUUUUGUUUGAUAAGAUCUUCAUGAAAUAGAUACCAUAAUAGAUUGAUUAAAUUAUUAUUAAUUUUUUUUUUUUUUUUUUCAAAUUUACAUAUUAUUAAACUAUCUUUUUAUAGCUGUUUAAUAAAAAUGAAUACAAUUGAAUAUGCACAAUGUUUGGAUCAUCUAAGAAGGACAAAUUGCAUCUAAUUUUAUUUUAGUUUGCCUUGUCAAUUGUGCAAAAUUAAUAGUAAAUGGGAGAUGUCAAAGGAUCGGCUGUCUAAAGUUUAAACUGCCCGUAGUAUAACACUUCCACAUUAUUGACUAUAAAUAUAAUAAUAAAACUAUUAGUUUUACAGAGUUGUAUUAUUUUUCUCAGAAAAUGUAUGGUUUAAAAAAUGAUUUAAUUUAAUUAUAUAAUUAAACACUAAGAUCAAGUGUUUUUUUAACUAUUAGGGUGGUAUGAAUAUACGUUUAAUAACCGAAAAAAUUAUUUAGCACAUUCAUCAAUAAUAUAUUUUCAGAAUUGUAUUUAUUUUUAUUCAAAAGUAAUUAGUAAAAAUUAAAAGAGUAUACAGACUAUCAUUUUGAUUGAAACAUCAAUGAAACCCAUUUUUUUUUUCUAAAUUAUACCAACAAAAUCAACAUUAUAUUUAUGCCACCACUCAUAUCUGGUACUAUUUCAUAUAUAUAUAUAUAUAUAUAUAUAUAUAGGUUAAUAAAAAUAAAUACUUUAGUAGAUUGAUUAAAUCAUUUUUUUCCAAAUUUACAUAUUAAUAAACUUUAUUAUUAUUGCUAUUUAAUAAAAAUAUGAAUACAAUUGAAUAUGCACAAUUUUUAGAUCACUUCUAACAAUUUUUAAUAAAAUAAAUAAAUUGUAUAUUACACUCAUAUUAUUAUGUGAAAUUAUUAGUUUUUACUUUUUAAACUUUUAAAUAAUAGUUUUGAAAUGUCUCUUUAUAGUUCAUUUAGUUUACAUUUACAAAUAUUAAUAGCAUCUUUAAUAUGUUAUAUUACAAAAAUUUAUAUAUUUUAAAAUGUUAUUUAUUAAUAAUACUUUCUUUAGGUAACAUUGAAUCGCCUACUAUUGAGACUAUUGAUGAUUACGUGAUACAUUUAGGAAAACUCAUCAAAUCUUCUACAGAUCCUUCCUUAAUUGCUAUUUUGAAGAAAGCUAUUAACAAAAUAGAUGUAAUUUAAUUAUAUUAAUAAUAUGUCUAUUCAAUUUACUUUAAACGUAAGUUUUAUAUAUUCUUUUUUAAAUAUAAUUUAAUAUUUAAUAAAUAAUAAAUAUAUUAUUUAUUAAAAACUUAAGGUAUUAUAAUAUAUUAUAGUUAAACUUAAAUUGUUAAUAUUUCAAACAUUUCACUGUCCUUAGAAUUUAAUGUUUAAACAAUGUAGAAAAAAUAUGUUUAACUUAAAUUCAUGGAUAACUCAAAUUUAUUUACCAAUCCUCCCAACUUUAAGUAGAUCAAGUUAUAUUGUAAUUUUUUUAUUUGGUAAUUUCUUAAUUCCUUUUGAUGAUAACUAAAAUAAGUAUAAAUUAUUUGUUAUAAGCAUUUAAUAUUUAGUCAAUUACUUCGUAAAAGACCAUAAGCACCAUUUUUCAAAUUGUUAAGAAAGUCUAAAAAACAUCUAUCCACUAAGUAUUAUAAUCCAACAAUGUUAUUUAUUCGCUCAGAAUCAAAAACUGUUAAUUUUACAAAAUCUAUAUUGAAUUAUAAAGAAAACUGCGAAAAAACAAAUUAAAAAUUACUAUCAUGUAUCAAUAUUAUAGAAUUGAUGUUAGUAACUAUAUUUUAUUUUUUUUGAAAUUCAAGUUUGUAGAAAAUAACCAAAUUCAGUAUAGGGAUUGAUUUUAAAAUAUUAGGUGGUUAAAAAUUAUAUUUCUGAAUUUAAUAUUUUCCGAGCUAUGUGGGUUUUAAUGUCAUGUACUUUUAAUAUGGAUGGUUUUAUGAAAUUUACUAUAGUGUAAACUAUUUAAGUCAUAACUGAAGUCUAUUGAAUUUGGUCGAAAGUGAUAAAGAUUGAACUCUCUAACAGUCUCUUGAAACUUUCUAUCUGAAAAUAACUACCAUUAUAACUUAUAUAAAUCAAUGGUGCUUACCGCCUUUUACAGUGAUAGAAAAAUCAUGACACUUAAGUCAAAAUUGAUUUAUAAAUUAUUAUUAUGCCUUGAUGAUUACACCUUAAACAUAAAUCAUUGAUUUCUGGUUAAAAAAAAAAGAUAUUGAUGUUUAGAUCUAUGUUUCAAUUUACAUAUGUAUAUUUAUGCUAUUUGCAAUAAUAAGCAAAAAAGUCAAUUUUCCAAAAAUGGCUGCUUACACCCUUUUACCUACUAACCGUCAAUAUUCACUGAGAAUACCCUUAGGUUAACAGCAUAUUUUAUUAAUGUGUUUUACUAUAUGAUACUAAAUUUAAAAACAAAUAUGCUAUGCAUAUAUAACUAUUUGGUUUAUAUCUAUACAAUUAUUUUUUAAAAUGUUAAGUCUGUGAUAAAGUUUUAAUAUCCAAUACAAUAAGUUACUAUAGAUUAUAAUAAAUAAAUAUAUUAUACACAAAAUAUUGUGUGUUACAAAUAUAUUUAGUUUUAUUAUUUUUGAA